AUGAGUUCUUUACGAUCCUCAGUCAGGCCAGCCAGCAGCAAACAGAAAUGGGGGACAAUUUUAAAGCCUGAGUUUGGACUAGGAUAUCAGAAUGUAACUAAGUAUGAAUUAGAUCAAAUUGUUGAUAGACUUUAUUAUGUGCCGACUCCAAGACAACCACUUCAUAUCAGGAAUAAUAAAAGAAUGACAGGGACAGAAUUCCAGGCAAUGAUGGAUAGGCUAACAGAUACCGAGAAUGUCAAGAUACCAGAUAGUGACAGAAGAAUAGAAUCUUCUAUUUAUAAAGAUAUGGGCGUGGUUUCAUCUUAUGCUUGGCAAGGAUACAAUUAA